GGUUCUCUUGUACCUUCACAUAGUUCACGGGAAAAAUUCAGAUCUCAUCCCUGAUCAGCUUUUGGACGAAAGUUUUUUAAUUUUUGAAACGCAAAUAUUUAAAUUAAUUGUUUAGCUGUCGAUAGAGACACAAGCAGUUAUUUAAAUUGACUGUAAUGCCGGUUCCAAGAGAAACAGAAGUUCCAUUUCGUGCGGGAUCUAAACAGAUUGGCGUAAAUUCGACUUUAUUGUACAAUGGUUCAAUUUUUAAAGGUUUCCAGAAAUCAAAAGGCAACAGCUACGAAGUAGAAGUAAUUUUACAGCAUGUUGAUGAAGAAAACUGUUACCUUUGUGGAUACCUUAAAAUAACUGGCUUGACAUCUGAAUUUCCUACGCUUACCACGUUUUUUGAUGCAGAGAUUAUCUCAAAGAGAUAUCCCUUCUUAACAAGGAAAUGGGAUGCUGACGAGGAUGUCGACCGGAAACAUUGGGGACGUUUUGGAGCUUUUGCUGAUUACCAAAAGAACUUCAAUUCGGACGAUUUUACCUAUGAUGCAUUAGAAAAAUCUGACUUUGUGUUUAUGAGAUGGAAAGAACAUUUCCUUGUGCCAGAUCACACAAUUCGUGAUAUUAAUGGGGCAUCUUUUGCCGGAUUCUAUUAUAUUUGUUUCCAGAAAUCAAAAGCGUUAAUGGAAGGAUAUUAUUACCAUAGGUCGUCUGAGUGGUUCCAGUCACUAACACUCGAACAUCAGCCCGAUGAUUUCAUACAAGUUUAUGAAUUUCGAUAAGUUAAAAGCACGCGUAUUCAUCAUUUUUCUGUUGAUGUUUGAUCACAAACAAGACAAAAGGCAUUCUGCAGUUUAUUCAAGAAACGAAUGAAACUUUUUGCAAACGCUUCUCCAAAAAAAACUUUUCGCUUAAUUUCUCUUGUCAAGUUUACCUUUCAUUUCUUGGAAUUUCUCGUUGACUUUGAUUGUAAAUCAAAGCCUUCAAUUGAAUUUCAUAAUUUUCGUUUCAAACUUUUAAGACUGAUAAAAAAAUUUGUUUUAUUUCUCCUAGAAUCUUUUUUCCUUCUCUUAAUUUUUUAUGUAUUUAAAUAAUUUCUAUUCAUCACAUGUUGUGCAAAGCAUUGUUAAUGCAUGCAAGAAAUACCUUAACGUUCGUACAUACUAUCAAAUAGCGAACUUUAUUCGAGAUUCAAUUUUAUUAUGUACAAGAAUCGAGCUUUGUUUUGUUACGUGUAAAUCCUUAUUUGUUGAUUUUUUAUUAUUUUUUGUAAGCUUUUAAUUGUUUUUAAUGAAAAACAUCUGACAAGAUUCGCUGAGAAUUUAUAGGAUAUCUAAACGUUACAAUUCCGUUUCGAUCAAAAACUUUCAAAAAUGAAAAAAAAAUGUUAAUUAAAUUUUACACUCAUACACAGAAACACAUCAAAAACAAACCUUGUGGGAUGAAGCAUUGUAAAAUAAAACUUAAAUUAUAUUUUAUUAGAAAAAAAUAAAUAAAUGAAUGAAAUUAAUAAAAGUGAAACAAAUUGUCAUUAA